GCGGUCGACACAGCCGGACGCACCGAUGGCCAUAGACUAGUUGAAAGCAAGCCGGCUGAACAACCGCUGUCUUGCUUAGGAAUACUCAGACAUUGGUUGCUACAUAUUUCUACACGAGCUACUAAGCAUCACAAUGAUACACGUCCUGAAUAUGAACGGCCUGCAUCUGAAGACUCGAGUCAGAGGCGUGGACCCCAUCCAAAAGUCUGCCGCCCUUACUGAACUUCACACUUUCCACUUGUCACGCGAGCGGUCAGCAUGAUUUUUCGCCGUUUUGCUUCAACAUCCUCUCUUCCACCUACCAUUCGUCAAUUGUUCCAGACAGAUCUUGUGUCGUUUAAGUCAAAACGUGUGCAAAUCAACGGAUGGGUGAAGUCAAUCAGGCGUCAGAAAAGGAUCGCGUUUGCUGUCAUUUCAGACGGCAGCUCUCCUCAAUCCCUCCAAGCGGUUUUCACCGAUGUCACCUUAGCAAAAUCGACAUGUUAUCGUAGCCUGACUAAUGGCAGUUGUGUGCGGUUGAGUGGUGUUUUGUCGGAUAGCGUUGGUCCGGAGCAGGAUAGAGAAGUUCAGGUGGACGCGGUGGAGUAUCUGGGCGAAUGUGAUCCUGCAGAAUAUCCGAUCGCGAAACAGUCAUUGACUGUGGAGUACCUGCGUGACCAUGCCCACCUUCGGGCAAGGACAGUUCCUGUUGCUUCUAUGAUACGGUUUCGUGACCAGACCCAACGAACGUUGAGGCGUUUCUUCGAGGACGAAGACUUCACUUAUGUCCAUACACCGAUUAUCACCGCAAAUGACUGUGAAGGUGCUGGAGAUACCUUCAGUGUAACAUCUUCGCCGACACCAGCGACUCACUCCCAAUCUCAAGCGCCUGACAAAGAGAAGAAGUCUCACUUUUUUGGUCGUCCAGCGUACCUUACUGUGUCUUCCCAAUUACAUCUGGAGGCAGUAGCAUCCUCAUUGGCGCGUGUCUACACUUUGUCGCCUUGCUUCCGUGCAGAACGUUCACAGACUGGCCGUCAUCUUUCGGAAUUCUGGAUGUUGGAAGCUGAAUGGGCGUUCGCUACCCAACUACGAGACCUCUGCGACGUUGUUGAACGAUCGAUCAAGUCUGUCCUCAACCAACAGAGCUCCGAACUUCCUGCUCUACAUCAGGACAUACCUGAUGUUAGGAAAGCAUCUCUUGAAGCAGCAUCAAGAUGGGAUAAGUCAUGGGCCUCAAUAUCGUAUACCGACGCUGUUGCGGAACUUCAAAAGUACCAAGAUGCUUAUCGCAAGUUCCGUUUCGACCCUACUUGGGGCGGCCCACUGCAAAGCGAACACGAACGAUGGCUAGCGGAACAACUCGUUGGAGGACCUGUUUUCGUCACCGACUACCCAACGAGUUUGAAACCAUUCUACAUGCGUGCUAACGAGAAUGGCAACACUGUAGCCUGCUUCGACCUUCUUGUUCCUCAUCUCGGCGAGAUUGUGGGCGGGUCUUUGCGUGAGGAGCGACUGCCCUUGUUAGAGGAGGCGGUGAAGCUACAUGGCUUGGAUCCAGAAGAGUAUGGGUGGUAUUUGGAUUUGAGGAAGUAUGGAGGUGCUCCUCAUGGAGGAUUUGGAUUAGGCUUUGACAGGUUGGUGCAGUGGAUCAGCGGGAUUGAGAAUAUCCGGGAGUGUAUUCCGAUGCCACGGUAUGCGGGGAGAAUGUUGUUGUAAUUACAACUUUCAGCCAUAUUUGCUAUUAUUGGCAAAUAUUGUGUAAUGUCUGGCCUAAUGCCACCAUGAGACUAAACUUUUUUUUCUGAACUGGGGCGACCAGAGGAGGGGCUGUUGAAGAAACUUGAGAUGCAUUUCACAAAUAAAAGUGAUAUAUUGUGGUGUAAAUAAGGUGUAAUGCAACUUCAGUCAGAAAUGAAUGAAUAUAUGAAGAUUGCUAGU